UUCAUUCACUCCCUCGACAUGGACGCGCCAUUGAAGGAACUAGCGAAGCUAGAGAAGCUUACAGCGAGCAAGGGAAAGGGACCCUCCAUAUCAGACUCACUCGACGCACUUCUCAUCUCACUGAGGGAGGCAAAACAUGCAAUUUCCGAGUCGGCAGCAUCCGGAAUAACACCCGACCAAGUGAUCAAAGAAUUGGGACAAGCCGUCGACUCGAAGAAGAAGGAGGUUGAAGAGCGUCAGAAAGAAGUAUAUAAUUCUGUUUCUCGUCUAGGGAAGGCUCUCGAUAAAAAAUUCCCGACACCACUCCCAUCUUAUCCAGACAUAUUCUCAUCCCCCGCUUCAAUCACUGCUCUCGAGCGCACCAUAGCCCUUCAUCUAUUGCGCACUGGGCAAUUCGACACGGCAGGAGUAUUUCUCCAGGAAUGUGCACUUGAUAUCCCAGCAGAGCUUCGUGCCCAAUUCAUUGACCUUCAUCGUAUUCUUCAAGCAUUGAGGAAUCAGGAUGUUGGUCCAGCCCUUGGAUGGGUUGCGAAGAAUCAGCAAUUUCUACUGAGCCGUUCCUCACCCCUAGAGUUCAACCUUCAUCGAUCGCAAUUUAUUCGACUCCUACUCAGUUCACACCCGCCGAACUUUAUGCAAGCUCUUUCCUAUGGCAAAGAGUGCUUGACUGCCUUCACUGAUGAGCACCAAGGGGAGCUGAUGCGACUGUAUGGCUGCAUGGCGUAUCUUCCUUUGUCCAAGUUGCAAACGUCGCCUUAUGCAGACUUGGCCUCCCCUUCGUUACACUUUGACCUGGAGCCACUCUUUGCGAAAGAGUACUGCGCCAGUCUCGGAAUGAGUCGUCAAGUUCCACUCCGUGUUGUAGGAGAUAUUGGGGGUGGCGGAGCACUCGCCAGAAUCGAAAAGGGCCGCAAGGUCAUGCGAGAGCGGAAGAGCGAGUGGAGUCAGGUGGACGAGCUUCCGAUCGAAAUACCCUUGCCACCAGAGAAUCGCUACCAUUCCAUCUUUACUUGUCCAGUGUCGAAGGAACAAGCUAGCGACGUGAACCCUCCUAUGAUGAUGGUUUGUGGACAUGUUGUGACCAAGGAUAGUCUCCACAAGCUCAGCAAGCCCACGGGAUACGACGCAGACCGAAGGGUCAAGUGUCCUUAUUGUCCAAUGGAGUCGAACUUGUCGUCUGCUAUGAGGGUAUACUUCUAG